GUUUGGUAACUUCCGGUUGGAGGCGUCUGGCGCAAAUAUAGGAUCAAAAUCAGUAAUACAUUUACAUCUCGCGAAGCCUACGAUGUCCUAAUUGUUGUUUUGAUUUAUGUCACGAUGGGUUGCUGUUUUGGUAAAGACGAAGACGAAUAUUCUGGGGAACAGGAGCCUGAUGAGAGGAGUCCCUUAUUAGGAAAUCAAAUUGGUAAUGCUAUUAAUAGACCAGUGACAAGCGAUGACUUUGAAUCACAACCAUCUAUCACAAAAGGAGAUGAACAGUCUGCUUUGAAUAGAAUACUACAUCAAACAGAAAAUAAUGUAAUAGAUGUAUCAGCCUUAGAUUCACAUACCAUGGAACAACAUGAAUACAUGGAUAGAGCUAGACAUUACAGUACAAGACUAGCUAUAGUCGGUGGUAAUUUAAGAACAAUGAGAAAACCUGUAUUGCCAAUUGGCACAACAGUACCACAAGCUGUGUUAGCAGGUGAACCAAUAUCAAUAGCAGACAUUCAACUUAUUAACAGUGCUGCGGCUACAGCGGCGAAUGCUUUGAGUAACGUGAAGGUGCAACAUAAAGAAGAGUUAGUGGUACACUUCGUAAUCCCAUAAAAUAUAACUUGGUGAAUGUUGUAUUGAACUAUUUGGUGACCAAAUUAUAUAAAGACAAUAAAAGAAGAAGAAAAUCUUGGAAGGCAUUUCAGCUUUCUAAUGAAAAUACCAGGAAUUUAUUGUUUUUUGAAAACUGGUGAAAACUUGAACACCACUUUGAGGAGCAGAAAUGGAUAUCUUUCCUGUGCUGUAUACACUGACGCUAUACCACUGUGUAGUGCUCCAACAGGUGGCGUAUGAUGUUUUAUUCUGCCACGUCUUCCCAAGUACAAUGACAUUGAUGUUACCAUCCAAACAGCAACAAUCAUCAUCAUCAUUAUUUUCUUUUUAAUGGUGUUUUUUUUCCUAUAAUUUCUGUGAUUUGCUGCUUGUAUUUUCACCAUGCAUAUUUACUCGUCUGGUCAUAUCUCGAGUAGUUGGCAUUCAUGUAUUGAAGUUGGCGUUUAUCUUUGUAUUUACUAUUACUGUAAAGGGUUUAAUUAUUCACUGGGUUUUAAUUUGGCUUUUUUCGCUGACUGGAAAAUCGUCACCUGUGCAUGCGUCAGAUGGCCAUUGCGUGUCAUUGUUUACAAACAAGCGUUUUUUAGCGCGUAUUGUUAUCAUCGCUUGGGACUCAAUUCCCACACGAGUGCAGGUGACGAUCCUCCCACUUGAAGUACUGUGGUACUGCCAAGCAAAGUAACCUCUACUGCUAUUUUCCCAGAGAUUCAUGUUAAAUAAUGUGUUAACGUAUGCCAUUAAGGGAAAAGUUUGUACUGUCCAAUUUCAACUUAGAGGUCAAAGAGUAAGUUUACAUGCAAUGAGACAUUAAAGGGAACACUGUUGCCAUGCUUGAAUCUUUGAAAAAAACAAGAGGAAGUGCUUUAGCUAUUAAUGUUCUUAUUGAUGCCUAUCAUAAUGAAGAUUACAGUUUCAUCAUAUUUUGAUUAUUCACCGUCCAUAUGCAAAUUAACCACCAUGCUUGAAUGUUGAACAUAGGAGAGUAAAUAGGUGUGCAUGGUGUAAACUGAUGAUUCCCAUAGAGCAAAUGGAACUCCUAUAUGUUUACUGUCAUUAACACAUUGCCUGCCAAUUUUUUUUUUUUUUCUCAUUUAUUUUGGUACGUCUGCAGAGGCUUUCAUCAGGCAAUGUGUUAAUACUUGUCAGGAAUUGAAGCGUUUCUAACUUAGACGACAAGUAAUCUGAAAUACACCCUGACUAGACAUACUGCUAUAUCAAGCAAUGACCCACCUAAUAUAAUAGUCAGGCCUGUAAUUAUUUGCUAUAGCCUAAAUUAUAGAAAUUAUAGUCGUAUCUCUGUCAUGGUCGUGUUAUCCCAAUCUGAUUAAAAUUUGAUGUACUGUAGAUAGAGGUACUUUAAAUCACUGAUCAAACUGAUCUAUUAUUUUUGAUUAGCUUUCUAAUUGGCCAAUGAUAAACAUAAAUUUAAGACAUGGCACAUUCACAAGUUUGGGUACCAUGCAAAAUAAAGUGGAUUUAUGGUAUCAAAAUCAAAAUGUAUAUAACUAUAUAAACCAAUAGUCCUCGUCUCUACAUAUUGUAUCCAUACUUAUGCCAAUUUGUGCAUACAUUUAAGUCUAUUUAUCUUGAAUUGCAUUGUGUUGUAUACAAAUAUUUAUGAUCAGCUGGUUGCAAGUUACUGGUUGAUUUUAGAUAUGCACAACAUUGUUGGGGGGGGGGGCUGAUAUUUAAUGUUUUAUUUAAUGUGGUUAAAGGGAGGUGGUCUUCGCACAGCACAAGUUUUGAUUUUGUGUAAGCAAUGUACGUUGUAGACAUUGCUAUGGGUCCCAUAUCAAACAGAACGUGAUACGACCACCACCAUCCUUUCAUCCAUUUUGAUGCAGUUGGAGUAUAGAUUAAAAUGCAAAUCAUUUUUAUGUUCACAAGAUUAGCGUGGGGUUCUUGUUUUAUAACGAGCAACAACCGUGCGUUAUCCUAGGUCACUUCAGUAUUGUAUUAAUUUCACUUUCUGUCUUGUCACCUAUGUCGCUAUUUUGAUAGUAAAGUGGCUAUGAAUAAAGUUCCAUCGGAUUCCAGAUAUAUGCAUGCAUUGGACAUUGUGAUCUGAAAGGUGGGAAAUUGCAUCUGCAAAUGAAUCUUGCCAACUGCAGAGCGAGCUGCCAUUUGAUCCAUCUCAAAUGAUGUAUUUAUAAUAUUUGUCAUUGUUGCAUACCUACUUUGUCUUAUUUUUGCCACAAUUCAAACUAGAGACAGUACCAGCAGAGAUUACAUUGCAUGUAAUCGACAUAUAGCACGGUAUCAGAUAUCUUUAAAUAAAUUAGUGCUGCAUCAAUCCAAGCGGAUGCAUUCAUGUAACACUACUUUAUAUACUAGUAGUUAAUGACAAUGCUAAAAUAAAGACAGUAAAUGAAAAGAGAUUUAUUGAAGUGAUAGUGUUAUUUUAUAAAGGUCUGUACAUUUUGAUGUUGGCCUUUAUUUAAAGCACUAAAUUUGGACUGUUUGAUUCAUUCUUAGAUGUAAAGUUUGUAUCAAGGGUACAUCACUGCAUGUACAAUAUGUAUUUUCUAUCAAAUAGCAAGAAUUAAUAAGAUAAGGGAUUACGUGUAUAUUUCUAUUGUUUGGAGAAUUUGUGUAAUUCAUAGCAAUAAACGUAAUAAAAUUGGGAAAACUG